UCAACAAUAUUGUAGUUCGGGAGCUUCGUUAAGAUGGAGCUCGUAUGUGCCAUAGUGUUGACCUUUGUUACGGUAGUGAGUGGGGUCCCGCAUGGCUAUGGUGCUCUUGAGGGUGCCGGUGCAGCAGCUAAAGCAGAGGCACACGCCGCAGCAGGUGCUUUUAGCGGCCUGGGAGGGUUACCAAUUAGCAUACCAAAUGGAGCCGGAUUUUCUGGAAGUUUCUCAAAGUCGUCAUCAUCUAGCUUUGCUUCAUCAAGUGCAAGUGCUAGUUCUGGUGCAUUUAGCUUCAGUGGUUCCAGUACAGGCAAUCUAAAUCGAGUGGGAGCAAAUAAUUUUGGUACAUCCAGUAACGGAGGUUGCGCUUCAGGAGGUUGUAAAUAUGGCCCAGAAGGUGUUAACGAUAAUUCUCAAUCGUACAAUAUAGCAAGUGCCGGUGCUGCAUCUCAAGCAGGUGCUGUAACUGGAUUCUCUGAUAAUUCGAAAAUUAAUAAUCAGCGACCUUGUGCAGGCGACUGUUCUAAUCUUAAACCAUCGGACUGUAAAGGGUCUGGAUGCAAUGAUUUUUCUGGUCCAUCAAGUAAUUGCGCUUUAGGUGGAUGUGGAGGCGAUUUUCCUUUGGAUACUUCUUCACAUAAUAAUGGGCCCAGCAACUCAGUAAUUGGUACUUCUCAUGCUAAUGAUAAUACAAAUUGUGUAAAUGGAAAAUGUGGAAUAAAUGUUGAAAUUGAUAGUAAGCCCGAAUUAGAAUUCAAUGUAAAUAAAUGUACCUCUGGAAAAUGUGGUCCAAAGACAGAAACGACCUUAUCAUCAAGUACACCCAUAUUGGAAACAGUAUCAUCCACUGGGAAUGACGGCUCUAAUGAUAUAUUAGUAGGCACUACUGGACCUUUGUCUCCUAAAUUGCAACCGGAAUCAAGCUAUCAAUCUCCCAUUUAUGGCGAAACAGCUAUUUCAACGUCUAUUCCGAUCUCAAAACCCACAUCUAAUACAGUCCCUAGUUCACCUACUCAAAAUAAGUAUCCUACCGCAUCUGAAAGUCCAACGUCAUCUAGUUAUACUAUACCUGCAGGUCAUUUAUUAACUCCUAAACUAGAACCUGCUUGCACAUCUCCUAAUUGUCAGCCAGAAAAUAGUAAACCUGGAUAUAACUAUUUAACACCAACUAGUUCAGGAAGUGACAAACCCAUAAACCACGUAUAUCCGAAUAACCUGUUGAAAGAAACAAACUCCCCUACCACAUUCAGUAAUAACUCACCAUAUACAAACAAUAUAGGGUUGAAAGGCCCUACAUCUUGUGUUUCUGGAAAUUGCGGUAAUUAUCCACCAGGUCGACCAACAGGAAUUAGCGAUUCAGAAACACAAGCUCCAAAAGAUUCUUUGAAUGCCAAUCACAGGAUUCCAUCGGUUAUUCCGAGUUAUAUUCAAAAUGGUCCAGAAAGUUGUUCGUCAGGAAAUUGUGGCACGCAACCUAAACCUGAAAAUAUUCCUAGUAAUCCGUUUAUACAACCUACAGAAAACAGUCCUUCUGGUUCUAAAUAUCCAGCAGUAACUUGUGGUUCAGGAAAUUGUGGAAAUUAUCCUCAUUCAACUCCUUCCUAUUUUCAAGGAAUUUCUCCCAGUAAUCCACAAAAUUGCAUAUCAGGUAAAUGUAGUUCCUAUCCUUCACCGAUAUCUACAGAAUACAAAAUCCCAGCACAGAAUUACAAUAACCCCGCUGGACCUGCGAAUUGCAUAUCUGGAAAUUGCAAUAGUUAUCCAUCCACACAGUACUCUGAAUAUCCAAAUAAUAAUCAAGGUAAUUUUCCUAAUGCGCCAGUGAACUGUGCAUCAGGAAAAUGUAAUAACCCUUCUAAUACAGGAUCAGAAAUUAUUCCUACUCCUACACAAAAUUGCAUAUCAGGAAAGUGUCAGACUAUUCCUUCCAAAACAAAUGUAGAUUCAAACAUUCAAGGAUUUAGUAAUCCUUUAAGCUCUUUAGGACCCUUGACAACUAUUCCGGCAAAUUGUGCUUCAGGUAAUUGCGGUAAUUCUCCUAUCCCAACUAUUAAUACGGGUAAUAAAAUACCGUAUUUUGAUAGAACUUUACCUGGUAAUGUAGAAAACUGUGCUUCUGGAAAUUGCGGUUCUAAUCCACCUAAUACGGGAUUUAGCCAAAGCCUUCCUAAUAAUGUUUCCUCAAAUGACUCACAAGAAUCUUUCCCUGCAUUUGUACCAUUACAACCUAAUCAGUCACCACAAUAUAAUAAUCCAAGUAAUAAACCAACGUACGGAUUGCAUUCUAAUAAUGGGGCAUCUCCGAAUAACGAUGUCUCAUCAAUAUCCCACUCGAUAUCCCCAAAUCUGAAUUUGAAUGAAACGAUCCCUAGUUCUCAGAAAGGUCCAGCAUAUACGGGUGGCUUUGGUGGACCUCCAGGAUUACUGAAACCUAAUAAUUUUGACCUCCCACUUCCGGGAGGUUUUGUGCCCACACCUGUAGAUAAUACAAAUAAACCUGAAUCAGUAUCAAAUAAACCAGCAUCUUGUUCAUCUUCGGGAUCUUGUAUUACCCAAUCCAAUCUCGGAGGUUCAACAAAUAAUAAUAUUUCACCAGAACAUUCUAUUUCUACACCUUCUCACUAUGACCAAGGUCAUCAUUCUACGGGAAUUAAUUCUGCUGCCGCCGCUACGGCUAAUGCAGUAGCUUAUUCAGGUGGAUUUGGUGGUCCACCAGGUUUCUUAAAACCUUAUGAUGAUGGUAAAAUUGGUGAUGGAAGUGUGACUAAGCCACAGUUUGGUACCAAUAAUAAAGAAACACUGUCAUCUUAUGAUAACAAAAUAAAUGGUGCUAGCGGUUUAAGCCACGGUUUUAUAACUCAAGCUGGUUCUUUUGCUGGAGCAUCUGCGGGAUCUUUUGGUAAUAGUAAUAAUAAUAAAGAAAAUCAUGGUUGUAGAGGAGGGUGUGAUUCCACAGGUAGUGGUGGAUACACUAGUAACUUGGGUUUUAAUGGGAACAGUGGAUUUGGGUUAUCUAAGUAUGGACUGUCGGAAGGUCUACAUGGAAUUUCAAAUACAGCUGCCGCAGCAUCAAAGAGUGCUGCCGGUGUAUUGAGUGGUGCUAACGCAGGUUCAUUUGGAACUGCAGGGAGCUUCGCUAGUAGUUCAGCUUCCGCUCACGCGUCAUCUGGAUUUGCGACUAAAGGAGGUUACGGAAGAUAAUAAUUUUAUUAAAACUACGUAUUAGUACUUUAAAGAUAAAUAUUAACUGUAUUAAAAGUGAACAAGACUUAUUAAUGUAAAUGAAGUAGAAAAGAUUUAUUAUAUAUAAUGUGAUAUUAUUUACUAAUACCUAUGUUAGAUAUCGUUUUGGUAUUAUUAGAUAUAACUUCGAUUAAGGAUAUUUAUAAUAGAGCGUUCCGUCGGUCUGUGUUCUUUUAC